UUUAAGGUGAGCAUAUUCUUUAUGCACAAAUACAAUGUAUUCUAGAAAAACCCGGAAGUGAAUGGGGCAGCACAAAAAUGAUGGAAAAUGAGCAAAAAACGGCUGUUGCAUCCCCUGCAAAGCCGAAACAGACAUCUGGAUUUUUGAUGUCAAUAGUGAGAACACUUUCUGCAAGUGUCGAUUUCCAACAGAGGGAAAAGGAAAAAGCUAGGAUUGAGCAAGCAUUUAAGCAGAGUGACAAGAAACUUGGUGAUCUUGUUAAAGAAAAUUACCAGGAUCUGACAUCAAUACUAACAUCAUUCAGUGGAAUCAGUGAUAAGGUCAAAGAAUCUCGUGAGAAGAUCAAGAAGAUUAAGGAAGAUUUAAGCAGCUGUAAAACAUUGUUACAUUGUAAACGUGAUGAGUUACGUAGACUUUGGAUUGAAGGUGUGGAGCAGAAAACCAUCGCUUCACUACUUGAUCAAAUUGAGCAAGUGAAGAGUGUACCAGACAAGUUAGAUAACUUUCUUGCGAAGAAACAUUACCUCCAUGCUACAGAUCUUAUUGUCAGUGCAGUGGCAAAAUUGGAGAGUAACUUGUCUGGAGUAGAAGCACUGAGAGAUCUGAAGGUUGAAAUGCUCGCAAGAAAGGAGAGGAUGCAUGAAAUACUGAUUGAAGAGUUAAACAGACAGAUAUAUACAGUAUCAUCCCAGGCGUCACUGUCACGGACAGGGUCAGGUCGCCGAGGUGACAUGUCACCAAGAGCUAUGCUGGAGUUUGGAUCACAACAAAGGGGAAGCAAUUUUACCAUAUCUACAAACAUGUCGGAGAGUUUGAUGACAGACCCUGAAGAAGAUCCCCAGAAAUUCAUCUCAAUACUUAUAGAAUCCUUGUUUAUACUGAGGAAAAUUCCAGAGGCUGCUGAGGCUAUAAAGAUGAGGAUGCACCCAGAACUUAUUGCCAUUGUUGCUAGGGCCUCAAACCAGGUAGCAGACAGUUUAGGGAACCAGGGUGAGAAUUUGAUGACCCAGUACCAGCCAAGACAGCUCCUAGAACUGCUAGAAAUAAUCUUUGUACAGUUCAGAUCUGUGGCAAAUAUACACAAAGUGGUACUGCAGAAUCUCCAUAGAAUUAUUAAAUCUGGGGUAUACAUCAGAUCAGAGUAUAUGUAUACAAUGAAAGACGUCUGGUCUAAAAUACAAGCUGUGCUACAGUUGCUACUAAGUGAGUAUCUAGAUGUCAGGAACACAGAGAAGUCCCGACAACAAGCACCAAGUAGCUUUGAUGAACCCAAUAUGGAUAUCGGUGUAUACUUUGCCAAGAAGAGGCCACAAAAACAUAAAAAGGUGUCACUGUUUAGAUUUGAUGCUUCCAUACACGCACUGAGUACAAACAGUUAUGUUGAAGAUACCAGACAGUUUGAUAGUGAGCUAUUUGAAAAAGGAUCUGUGCAUGUUGAUAAACCAAAACAUGUGUUUGUCUGUAAACCUUCAGUUGAUAAUAUAAAAGCUAUUUACAAACCUGUGCAACUCUUCAUAAAGGAGAUAGAAACUGCUUCAGAACUUCGCUCUGGUACAACAAGUUUGCACGAGUUUGUGACAGAUUUCAUAGAGAAGAUUUAUUUAGGGCAUGUACAUUUUGUUGUUUCCAACAAUAUCAGUCUAGCAACAAAAGCACCGGAGAGACGUGAAUCAUUCUUUGAUUUGUUGUCAAACAAUAGCACGUCUGCGGAAAUUCUCAAGAAAGGCUUUGAUGCACUACGAAAUGUCAUUGAUCAUAAAACACAGAAGGAGCUCGGUGUUCCCAGACCUUUACUACAGAGCACAGUGACUGUAGAUAGAAGUGUUUUAGAGCUGAAAGAGCUAAUGACAGACUUGCCAGAUUAUGCCGACCAGUUUCUCAACAUGAUCUGCAAUGUACUGCGAGGAUAUAGGGAUACUUGUCAUUCUGCCUAUAGGGGUAUUGUACAGUAUGAUGCAGAUGAGAAGCGGGUAAUCAGUGCUAUGUGGGCUAAAGACGAAGACAUCAGCAGAUUCCUAAGGUCAUUACCAAGUUGGAGAACCUUGCAGCCAACAGAUGGCCAUGAACUGAACAGGACGGUGUGUUCUGAGGAAGAGAUGAGAGCCUUGAAUUCAAAGGAAGCUGUGAUCCUGAUAACUAAUCUGUCAUCAGAGGAGGCAUUUAUUCCACAACAUGAGAUCAUCACUGAUGUCACACAGAUGAGAACUGUUGCUAAUGUUCAUGAAAGCUUGGAAUGGUUUUCAACGCGACUGAAGAAUUUUUCUGUUACAAAAACCACAAUAGCGACACAGUACUUAAAUGUAGAAUCCCCACUGUAUGAUGAUGCUCCAACAGUUUUACCUAAAACACUUGAGUCAUUGAACAGUCUAGUGAAGGAUUUCCAAGAUUUAGCAGAGAUUUGUUUGUUACUGUUACAUCUAGAAGUGAGGGUUCAUUGUUUCUACUAUCUCAUGCCAGUAGCCAAACAGUCAAAUUAUGCUGGUCCCAUUGAUGAUUUAGAUCCAGACUCUAAUGUGCUUAAGUUAAACAAGGAUCUGUCUGGUAUGGAAGAAGUAUUGUCACAAAGUCUACAGCCUAAAAAAUUCAAGUAUAUAUUUGAAAGUCUUGGCUACCUUGUUGCAUCAAUCCUGAUGAACAGUAUGCAGUUUAUCAAGAAAAUCAAUGAAAAUGGAAUAAAAAAAAUGUGUCGAAACCUGUUUGCCAUACAACAGAAUCUUACAAAUAUCACAAUGUCGAGAGAGUCUGAUCUAGACCAUGCCAGACAGUACUACGAAUUACUGUAUCUCAAUGCACAUGAUAUUCUCACUUCAAUAGCGGAGAAGGGUCCACAGUUUACAUUCAGCGAGUACAGUCAAUUACUUCAUCUACAUCAUCGCAGCCAUUUCACAUCGGACCCUACAGUUAUAGACGGUCAUAUUCAGAGAUUGAGAGACGUCAUUGAGAAAGGUCAAAAUGAAACGGUUUAGACUAAAAUGUGAAACGUGUUUUAGACAUGUGUACUUUUUUCAUCGAGAAAGUACGAAAUGUAGCUGUCUAGUCUUAACAUGAAUGCCAUCAGGAAAACAGUUUAGACUAAAUGUCAAACAUAUUUGAGAGAAUUCAUUGAGAAAGUUCAGAAUAUAGCGAUAUAGCCUUAACGAUUUCCACUAAACCUUACAGGUUAGUUAUACAUCAGCAGUGAUUUUCAGCAGAGUUAUGGCAUGUGAUUUGUCAUAUUUACAGUGUUUACACUACUUGCUGUAAACCAUUUGUCUGAAUUGCACCAAAUCUCACAAGUGGUUAGUGUGAGGAGUAGUUACGCAUUAUAUCGUCAUAUUGUCAGUGGAGUCAUGACCCUUGAUUUGUCACAUCCUUUGAUCUAUGCUACUUCUCUGCUCCCACUGGUUGAAAUUCCACCAAACUUCACAGGAGUUAACACUGCCAAGCCUAGUUGUAUAUGAGGUUGGAAUGUUACGGUUCACUCAUAAUCGAUGGAGGUAUUGCCCUUAAUUUGUGGCAUUUUACAAUCGGUGAUCACUUCGUGGUAAGUGGUGAGAGACAAACGUUUUUCAUGAAAAACAAUCUCUAGUUUGUUUAAAAAAUCUAGAAGUUCAGAAUGAAAUACUGUACAUUUUUGAGAAACGAGGUUACACAUGUUGAGUGCAAGUCACUUUAUGUAUAAUAUGAAGUGUUGAGAGUGAUUGUUGUGCUUAUUGAAAGAUUUUUUUAUACAGAUUUUUGUUAUGCACAAUGUAACUUUGUAAGUUUAACAAUUGAAAGGUAUUUUGUCAAAUAUAAUGUUAUAACGUGCAAUAUUUUCUUCAUUUAAAAUUGUUAUGUGUACUGUUAUAUUGAUUUAUUGUAUGUUAAAGUGCAUUGGUAUAUGCCUUUAUGAUUUCAUGUGAUAAUAAAAUACAUGAAGAUA